AAUGUCAUUUUCGCUCAUACAAAAGUGGGUGUUCGGCUUAGCAAUAUUACAAAUAAAUAAUUUUAUAAAAUUUUAAAGCCAUGAGCUUAUGAAGCUUUACAAUGGAGGGGCUGCCUUCUGGUGACAUUCAGGCGAAGUACCAAAAAUUGGCGGCUGAGUAUUCAAAAUUGAGGGUUCACGUGAAAGUAUUGAAAAAAGGCGUACUAGAUGAACAAGCUAAGUCGAAUGAAUUACGGGAAUCUUUAAAGGAGAAAGAGAAAACGUUACGGAAGGGUGAACUUGAAAUUGAUUCGUUAACGUUUAGAAACCAGCAACUGACGCGCCGCGUCUCCGUCCUUCAAGAUGAACUUGAUAAUCUGCAGAAUAAGUUGACCAAAAAGUCAAAAAGUAAAGGUGAGGACAAGGUAGCAACAACAAGUACUCCACAAGCUUUAGAUGCAGGACUUCUUCAAGAAGAGUUGCAAAAGAAAAUUAUUGAAAAUGCUCAGUAUGCGUCUCAGCUUUCAGAUAAAACUUUUGAAGUGUCACAACUACAAGCAACAAUAGAUGAUUACCAAAGGCAUAUCAAUGAAAGUGACAGCAAAUACAAAUGUGAUAUUGCAAAGUUAAAGAAUAAGAACCAGGAACUUCAGUUUGCAUUAGAGGAGGCGCAAAAAGAGAGACUGGGAACAACGCCAAAGGCCCAAACAAGUAGUCAAGCUGCCAGUUGUAAUGGUGAUUUUCUGUCAGAAGCUGGGAGCCUGGUUGGAAGUGAGGAUGCUCUUAGUUCUGUGGAUGAUUUAAAUGUCAACGAACAGCUUAGUGCAAAAACACACAACUUAGAACAGGAAAACCAAAAGUUAAGGAUGGAAUACGAGUUGUUACAAAUGGAGAAUGAAAGUCUAAAAUUAGAAAUAGGUAAAUAUGUGUCCGCGGCGCAGAAGAGGAGAGGGGAGACGCACGACUCUGGAGAUUUCAACUGCUUCAGUGAAACUUCAGUAGACGCUGAGGGCAGAGUGACGGGCCUGCUGGGCAGCCUGGAGGCGCCGUUCCUCAUCAGUCACGAGCUGCUGCAGCGCGAGGAGCGUGUGCAGGCCUACUACCGUGCCAAGCUGGAAGACCUGAGCGCUCAGCUGCACACGAGAGAGAGCAAGACUGAGCAUUACGUUAAAGAGUGUGAGAUGCUGCGGCAACGAUUCGAAGUGAUGGAAAUGGAGAAGGAGGCUGACGCACAGGCGAUACAGGACAAACACAACACUAUCAGCAGAUUGGAGGAGGAGCUUCAGUCGACGUCGCGCAACUACGAGCAGCAGCUGGGCGUGCUGACGGAGCACGUGGCGGCGCUCAACGAGCACAUCGCGCGCCAGCACGACCAGCUCGCGCUGCUCAAGCACCAGCGCGACACGCGGCGGAAGUAGCGCCCUCUGCUGCAGGCUCGACAACUAGCCUGGCACAUCACUGGAGCAUCACUUCAAGGUUCACAUCACAUGACCAUCAUGUUAUGAAACUUAUACUGUUUAAGCUAACGAUUUCAUAUUCGUGCUAGAGUACACUGGUGCCGUGUUUGUGAAUUUGACGACAAUUCUGCAAUAUUUAACAAAACUACGUAUAUGUGCUCAUUUGGAUUCGAUUCGCAGUUUGGGUCAAUUUAGGAAUAUAUAUACGCACAAUUAUCAGCCCACUUUAAUAUACUCGCAUCAUUUUAAAGAGGGCGGAUAAUUGUGCCUCUGAGUAUAUAUUUCUUUUAUAAAUUGCCUUUGGUCUGGUAGGUUACCUCACUGAUGCAGUCUAUCAUUAAAGUAUAACGGAAUACAUAACCUGUUAUUUAUUAGCCUAAAAACCAAAAUCUCAUUAAAAACUAUUUACUCUAGGUGAUUGUAUAGAAGCAAUGAAUUAUUCUAAAUUGUUUAGUCACAAGAAAUGACACUAAGAAUGGUACAAUAACUAAUUUUAGUCAACUUUUUUUAAAUUUGUUAAAAUUAAAAUUUCAUUUUAAAUUAAUUUAACUUAACAAAUUUAACAAAAUGGGAACAUGGGAAAAUGUUCCCAUUUAGUUGGAAGUCCGGUCAGAAUAUUUUCUGUGAAACUUGUGAAAUCAUUUACACAUAUAGGACAAUCUUAUAUUGUAUUUUUAUAGAGUGGAUAUGCCUCUGCCUUCGAUUUGGGCGUAGGUUCGAUUCUCCGUUCUGAAGCAUGCACCUCGCAACUUUUCAGUUAUGUGCAUUCUAAGAAAUUACCUAACACGAAUCUCAAACGAUGAAGGAAAAUAAUCGUGAGGAAAUCUGCACACCUGAGAAUUUUCUUAAUUUUCUGUGUGUGAGGUCUGCAAAAUCUGCAUUGGACCAAUGUGGACUAUUAGCUUAACCUCUCUUAUUCUGAGAGGAGACUCGUGCUCAACAGCGAGCCGAAAAUAGGCUGUUAUUGAUGAUGAUGUAACUCUGUUUACUAGGACUUGUGAAUAUAAUGAUGUUAUUUUAUUUGCCAAAAAAGAUCGGCUUGGAGUUUUAUAAAUUGUAAUUUAUUUCCAACUGUUUUGAAGGUAAAUAAAAUGUCCAGUAGAUUCAUAAGAAUUGUAAAAUAUAACAUUCUCUGUAUACAAUGUUGUUCAUAAUUAGUUAUUACAUAAUUUAUUAUAAAAAAAAUUAUAGGCAAUAACAUGUUUUAUACCUAAAACAAAAAUUAUAUUUACAGUUAUAAUGGAUCUCUGUAAUGAUGAAAAAAAAUCAUGUAAUAUAAAAUAAAUUAUUUAUUUUUACUUAUCUCUAAAAAUAAAUAAUUUAUUACAUUUAUGUAUUGUAAGAUACAUAAUCAUACAUCAUCCUGUAGUAAAUGAAAAAAUAUUAUACAGCUACUUUUACUUACAUAUUUAUACCAAGAGGGCGUGGAUAAUUUCGAAGGGGUGUUUAUUAAAAAAAAAUGUUGCAAUUCAAGCUGUAACUAUUUAGGUUAUUCUCAGAAGAACUUUGUUAUUCACUAGAAUCUAAAAACAAAUUAUCAAUUCGCACCCUUCAAUUUUAUUCAGAUGUCUCUUUAAAUUACUCAGAUUACUUAAUAGAAUCUUUCUCAGCAUUCCUAUUAGAACGUGCAAGGCCUAAUGGUAUGUAGUCAUUAUUUUUAUCAAUCGGCUAGUGAUUUGUUUCUUGUAGAGUAUAAGGAAUUGAAUAUAUAAUGUGACAAACUCACUGACAUACUGAUGUUCCAGGUUUACCCGGUACCCAUUUGGACCCGAACUUCAUGUAGGUCUUAGAUAGGAGUAUGAUUAAUAAAAUCAUAAUUAUGAAGACGCUGUAUUGUAUAACAAACACAAGAAUUGGUCAGUUUUCAAAACUAUUCCGUAUCUUGUUUAAUAAUGUUAUGGUGCAAAUGUGCUGUUCAGAUUAGAUUAUAUAAAUAAAUGACUGGCAAUAAUAGCAGGCCCACAGCAAUACAAUGUAGAUAUACAGUUAACAAUUAAGUCAUAAAAGCUAGUUAUAUAAAUAUAGGUAUUCUACGAAGAGGCAGUUUUAUAUGUGCACUUAAAUUUAAAUUACGCUGCAUAAGAAAAUUUUUAUUAUAAUAAUUAUUAUUAUUCAAAUCUUGUAAUUAUAUGUAUAAAAUCGAUUUGGUAUACAAUUGUGUAUUUAUAAAAAAAAUAAUAAAUAGUUUUAAAUAUU